AUGGAUGAGGCGUCUGAUGGGGUUGAGGAGGAGGGCCCCUCGCCCAGGAUCAGCGUCAAGGACGCCGAGGAGGGCACCGGGGACCUGCAGAGCCUCCGUAUCAUGGCACUGUGGGUCCGAGGCAGAGGUAAAGGCCGCAAGGAGGAGCAAAUUGCGGGGACAGUCUUGAGUAAUCGCGACGCAGAGACCAGCGUCCCCAGCAGGCGAGGCAGAGGUCGCGGGCGAGGCCGUGGUGGUGGGCGAGGAGUUGAUGCGUCGCUGGCGCCCUGGCGCAUCAAGUACGAUGACGACGACGUUGAUUACGGCUUCUUUGGCGGCGGCUUCAGCACGUUUUACGUCGUCAAGCGCAACAAAACCGCCUACUCCAAGCCCUUGGCCCUGCCCACCAAGUGGCCAGGAUGCAAGCCUGCCUGGGCGGAGGGCGCGUGCACACCACCGCAUCACUCCACAGCUGCGGCGAAGACCAGGCCAGUGGUGGGCGGCGCUGCCGAGCUAGGCGGCCGCAGCGCUCAAGGAGCCCGGGGCCGGGGCCGAGGACAGGAGCGCAGCAGGGGCGGAGGUCGCGGCAGGACAGGAAGGCGGGACGCCAGCCAUCACGUCCAUGGUGGAAGCAGCAGCAAGGAUGGCGGCGGCAACAGCAGCAGCACUGGUGGCCAAUCUGCCGUGGUCACCAGCCACAGCGGAGAGGAGGACGAGCAGCACAGCUCCCCAGCCCCUCAGCCGGACGGCAUGCAGCAGCAACAGCAACGGCGGAAGCGCAAGGAGCUGGAGCAAGGGGAGGGCGAUGCAGGCGGCGGCAGCCCCGUGCCUGGCGCGACCCUGGGCCCGGCUGGAACAUUUGUGGCGGCCCAGCUCGCCAAGCGGCAAGCUGUCGAGGUGCCUGCAAGACCCCAGCAACACUUGCUACUUGCGCAAGAGGACCAUCUGGCAGCUGCAACGGCAUUUCAGGCGGGUCUUCAGCAUGCGGGUCGGCCUGCUGUCGUAUCAGACGUGAGCGCCAAGCUGCAGCUCGGCGACGCACCGGUGGCUGUGCCGGCCAACACAGGGGGCGGCAAGCCUGAUCAGCAGCAGCAGCAGCAGCAGGAGCAGCAGCAGGAGCAGCAGCAGGAGCAGCAGCAAGAGCAGCAGCAAGAGCAGCAGCAGCAGCUGCAGCAGCAGCAGGGCGAGCAGCUGCUAAGGCCGCCGGACGUGCUGCAGCAGGAGGAACGACGCACGGCUGUGGCAGACGAGCAGCAGGAGCAGCAGCAGCAACAGCAGGAAGCGAGGAAGGAAAAGCAGGACAUUGAGCACGUGCAGCAGGCAGAGCUCCGGAAGUCCAUACACCUUAAUGGACAGCGUCAGCAUCAGGAGCGGCAGAAACAGCAGGAUGAGCAGCACCAGCAGCAGGCGGAGCAGGAGUCAGGGCGGCAUGAAAAGCAUUUGGAUACCAACGAGAUGGGUGUAUGGCAUCAGCAGCAGCAGCAGGAGCUUCAACAGCAGCAGCAGCAGCAAAGCCAGCAACCAGCUCCCCGGCACAUGCAGCCGGCACUACAACAGCAGCAGCUGGGACCCAUGCCGCAGCAUCCAGGGCCCAAACAGGAACAGCAGCCAGCCCAGCCGGCCCCUGCUGUGACGCGCAUCGGUGGUCACCGCAGCACCGAGGCCGGGGACAGCGAUCGCAGCGGCGAGGCAGCAGACACAGAGGAACCCAAGCAGCAGCUUGCUGUGCACGGCGCACUGCCACCAGCCGAUACGGCGAUCGAGGAGGUACUGGCCAGCCUCACAGGCACGGGUGCGAGCAUCAAGUCGUCGGCGGCGCGGUUGCUGGAGUUGUGUCAGGGGGUCGAUGGCGACGAGGCAGGCGCGCCGCGCGUCAACCUGCUGUACCUCACAGACUGCCUGCUGUCGCACGCGCGUCGCCCCAGCGCCCCGCCCGCCGCGCGGAUCCUUCCCGUCAUGGUGGGGGCGGGGCUGACGCGCAUGCUGCAGCUGGCGGUGACCGACGGCGACAGCCUGCAGCGCGUGCGCCGCGCGGUGGACGCAUGGGGGCGCAAGGGUCUGCUGGAAGCAGCCUACCUGCGACUUGGGUACGAGAGGCUCGAUGCAGCCGCCACGGCCAUCCACGCCGCGGCUGCUACCUCUGCAGCUGCAGCCGCGGCGGAGCAGCAAGCUGUGGCUGUGCCGCAGCCGGCCGUCGCGCGCAGUGCCGAGGGGCGGUCGGCAGGGCGGACGGACAAGCGCCAGGCUAAGGGCGCAACCCACAACAAUCCUCAUAUCUGCUGA